UAAACUAUCGCCCUUACCUUAAGCCUCAAGUCCGAAUGCCCCAUCUCCUGAGUUAACACAAAUUCCCACAACAAAGAAAGGAAGAGCAACCCAGCAAGUAUGAAGAUCUGGCCGCUGGUUUUGUUAGCCUUGGCCACGUUGUCAGCUCUAUCCGCUGAACAAUGUGGUAAACAAGCUGGUGGCGCCCUGUGCCCAAAUGGGCUUUGCUGCAGCCAAUACGGUUAUUGUGGCGACACCGAUGACUACUGCCUAAAAGGUUGCCAGAGCCAGUGCAAGUCUGGUGGCGGCGGUUCAACUCCCACGCCCUCCCCUAGCGGCGGUGGAGGAGGCGUUGCUUCCAUUAUCACCCCGGCUCUUUUUGACCAAAUGCUCAAGCAUCGAAAUGAGGAGAGUUGUAGCCACGGAUUCUACACUUACGAUGCCUUCAUUGCCGCUGCACGGUCGUUUAAUGGGUUCGGGACGACUGGCGAUGACGCCACUCGUAAGAGGGAGUUGGCCGCGUUUUUGGGCCAAACCUCUCAUGAGACAACUGGUGGGUGGCCAAGUGCACCGGAUGGUCCGUAUGCGUGGGGAUAUUGCUUUGUAAGGGAAGGAGGUGAUCAUACCGAUCCCUUGUGUACCUCCAAAGAUUGGCCAUGUCCCCCUGGUAGAAAGUACUAUGGUCGUGGACCAAUCCAACUAACCCACAACUACAAUUAUGGUUUAGCGGGCAAAGCAAUUGGAGCGGAUCUGAUAAACAAUCCAGAUCUGGUAGCCACAGACGCGAUCGUAUCAUUUAAAACGGCCAUAUGGUUUUGGAUGACCCCACAAGCAAACAAACCGUCAUCGCACGACGUCAUCGUCGGAAAAUGGACGCCGUCCGAGGCAGACAGGUCGGCGGGUAGGGUUCCAGGCUAUGGUGUCAUCACCAAUAUCAUCAAUGGUGGGUUGGAGUGCGGUCAAGGCCCAAAAGACAAGGUGGCAGAUCGGAUCGGGUUUUACAAGAGAUACUGUGACCUACUAGGUGUGAGUUAUGGAAACAACUUAGACUGCUACAAUCAAAGGCCUUUUGCCUAAGGGGCUUCGCGGCCCAUUGAAGUUAUUGGCAAUUUGCCAAAUGUCUUAUUUAAAAAUAAAGAUAAAGCGAUAUCUUUGUACGCAUUA